AUUGGUGUUGAAACAGAACGUUAUAAAAAAUUCGAAUAAUCUGAAAAUCAUUUAAAUUUAUUAGAAUAAUAAUUUUAAGAAGUUUAAGGAGAAUUUGACAACUCGUUAAAUGGAAUCCGUGAAAAUUUAGUCAAAUUCGAAAAAAUACUAGAAGAAGAAAAAAUAAAUAAUGAUAAUUAAAUAGAUUAAACUAAUUAAAAUAUGUAUCAAAUAGAAAGUAAAUUAACAUAAAUUUUAGAGAAUGAAAUAGAUUCUAGAAAAACACACGAAAGUAAAAUAAUUAGAAGCUUAGAAGAGAAAUUUAAUUUACUUAAAGGUGAAAUAUAAAGAGAAUCGUCCCAAAGAAACUAGUUUAUCGAGGAUCUAUUCUAAUCUCUUUAAUAAGACUUACCAUAAAUAGAAGGAGCAAUAGAAUCAGAAAGAUAAGAAAGAGAAGAAAGUGAUUAAAAUAUGAUGAAAACAAUAACAAAUGAGCUUAAUUAAUUAAACGAAACUAUUUUUAAUGAAAAAAGAUUAAGAGAAGAAUCUGAAGCUGCAAUUUUUGACAUGCUUAAAGAUGUAGUAAAUCGUGUUAAAGUUGAAUUAGAUAAUGAAAAAAAAACAAGAGAAGAAACAGAAGAAAAUUUGUUAAGCCUUUUAGAAGAAACUUGCUCAAAAUUAUAGACUGUCGCAUAAUUUUGA